AUUUCAAAAGUUUUCCUUCAACAAAAAAAAAAGAGAAAAGAACAACAAAUAUCCCCCUCUGGACAGGAAAGAGUUACAUUGCAGCCAGCUGACUGACCACGUGACUUUGCGGAAGCAAAGUGAGCGACGGCAGAAUGAGCGGAUCCUGAGUGGCGCCCCGCAAGAACCAUGCGCUUCUUUAAUUUGUGCUUCGUGUUGGCUGGUGUGAUCGGGGGGGGUUUCGUCCGGGGUUCACGCGGGGCUCACUCGGAGCCAGCCCCCGCCCGCGAGGCAGCGGGCUGCGGCUGUGACACGUUGAGGAGAGACGCCGCUCCGGAGCCUGCGGAGGUCAGAUGGGACUCUGCACACAAGUACUCAGAAGGCGCCAAUGGAGGGCCGCGGGCUCAGAUGGUGCUGAUUCCAGGAGGACAGUUCUGGAUGGGAACUGACGAUCCAGGCAUCCCUCCAGAUGGCGAGGGCCCUCGCAGGCUGGUGCAUGUGGACUCUUUCUACAUGGACAUCCAGGAAGUUACAAACCAACAAUUCCAGAGCUUCGUCAACGCAACAGGGUACAUUACUGAGGCAGAGAAGUUUGGAGACUCAUUUGUAUUCGAGGGGAUUUUGAGUGAGAGUGUGAAAAACCAAAUCACCCAAGCGGUGGCUGCCGCCCCCUGGUGGCUUCCAGUGAAGGGGGCCAACUGGAAGUGUCCCAAUGGUCCAGACUCCGACAUCACAGACAUUCUGGACCAUCCAGUUCUACACGUUUCCUGGGCGGAUGCAGUGGCCUUCUGCUCCUGGGCCGACGGGAGACUUCCCACAGAGGCAGAAUGGGAGUACGCCUGCAGGGGCGGCCUAGAAGACCGACUUUACCCCUGGGGAAACAAGUUGAACCCAAAAGGACAACACUACGCCAACCUGUGGCAGGGGGAUUUUCCCAACCACAACUCUGCAGAGGACGGAUACAUCAAAACUUCACCGGUGAAGUCCUUUCCCGCCAACGCGUUUGGUCUGUAUGACAUGGCCGGUAAUGCAUGGGAAUGGACCGCAGACUGGUGGACUGUGCAUCACACCACAGAGAGACAACGCAACCCAACGGGUCCUCCAUCAGGCACAGACAAAGUGAAGAAGGGAGGCUCUUACAUGUGCCACAAGUCUUACUGUUACAGAUACCGAUGUGCAGCCCGUAGCCAGAAUACUCCGGACAGCGCGGCGUCUAACCUUGGUUUCCGAUGUGUCGCCAAUGGGAAAACGUGACCUGAACAGCUCCAGUCAUCUUAAGCGUAGGCUUGUGGUUGUGGAGAAAAACAUAAUAUGUGCCAUCUCACCGACGGGGAGUUGAGAAUAUCUUCCAUUCCAGCAGAUAUCCUCAGAAAUGUAAAAUUUCCUAACUUUUUUAAAAAUAAAUAUUUAAUAGAAAAAGCAGUAUUUUUCUAUAUCUCUGUUCUCUUUAUGCCUUUGAGUCAGGUGAAGAGAGCACUGAAUAAAACAGCCUAAAGAGAGAAGAAUAUUUUUGUAUUUACAAUCACUGAUAAAUCUGGACCCUAACCAAUUAAACAGAUCCUAACCAAG